AUGCUAUCUGCCUUAUUGGUCGCAAGCUCCCUGGGGAGAGCGGUGACGAAAUUGAAAGCCGCUGAAAACCCUAGCGUCUUGACCAUUAUCACAGCCAUUCCCUCUCUCCUCUCAUACAAUUUCGUUCUGGCAAAUAUUGUUAAUCUUUUGCGACAAUGGGUCAAAAUUUGUCUCACUCCCUUAAUCCGAAACCAUUGAGUUUCAGUUCCAUAAUCCUCCAUUUCUGCGUAAAGGGCUGCUUAGUUUUAUGCGUCGUUCUGAUCUAACUCACUUUCUGUAUUGGAAAGUGAUAAUAUUUUUGUAUUGGAUGCUAUAAAAGGUGUCUUCAGGCUUUGGUUGCUAUGCUAUCUUUACUGGCAUAUUCACCAUCUCCAUGAAGAGUACGGAAUCAAAGCAAAAACCCAAUACAAAGUCUGGGCGACCCAGUUUGAAUUCUGGCCAUAACCACGAAAGAAUCGUGAUCGAAAAUAUCUGUGAACCUAGAGCUGAGCCUAGCGAUGGCGUGGCGUUGCAGAUGACCCUCUUAUUCUUCACAACCCGUACCCCUUGGGUUCGAGCCUCCAAGGUUGCCAUUGCCCAUUUCCACAGUCUCGCCCAAGGAGUAUCUUGGUCCAGGCCAUUUAGUGAUAAAGAGGUAAUCUCAAACCGAAGUUCCGACGCUUGGUUGGUUAAGGUUGUGUGUACGCUAUUUAUUCGUUCGCAUCUGUCAGAUACUUGUUUGGGUUAUUUGAGUAAGAACUUGACCCCACUGAUUGCGUUUGAGGUUGUUAGAAGGUUAAAUAAUCCGAAGUUGGGCUUGAAGUUCUUCGAGUUCAGUAGGGAGAGUUUGAGUGUCAGUCAUACGCUCAGGACUUACAAUUUGCUUAUGAGGUCUCUCUGUCAAAUGGGUGCUUACGAUUCGGCAAAAGUAGUAUUUGAUUGCAUGAGGAGUGAUGGGCAUUUGCCUGAUAGUUCAAUUGUGGCAUUUUUGGUAUCGUCGUAUACACAAGUGGGCAAGUUUGAUCUUGCUAAGAAAUUGCUCGCUGAAGCUCAGCGUGAUAAGGUUGGAUUGAGUAUUUUCGUAUAUAAUAAGUUGUUGGAUGAGUUGGUUAGGUGGAAUAUGGUAGAUGAGGCCGUUUGCUUAUUUAGAGAGCAUAUGGAAUUACAUUCUCAUCCUGAUACUUUCACUUUCAAUAUUCUUAUUCGAGGUUUGUGCAGAAUGGGAGAAGUUGAUCAGGCGUUUGUGUUUUUCAACGAUAUGGGGAGUUUUGGUUGUUCUCCUGAUGCUGUUACUUAUAAUACUCUUAUAAAUGGGUUAUGUCGAGUGAAUGAGGUAAAUAGAGGGCAUGAAUUGUUGAAGGAGGUACGGACAAGAGGUGAGCCUAAACCAGAUGUUGUAACUUAUACAUCAUUGAUAUCGGGUUAUUGCAAGUUGGGUAAGAUGGAUGAUGCCUCUGUUCUUUUUGAUGAGAUGAUUAAUUCUGGAAUUAAACCAAAUGCCAUCACUUUUAAUGUUCUCAUUGAUGGUUUUGGUAAGGCUGGCGACAUGCUUUCCGCACUGUCCAUGUAUGAGAAGAUGCUCUUUCUUGGUUAUUUUCCAGAUGUUGUUACCUUCACUUCCCUAAUUGAUGGAUAUUGUCGAACCGGACAGGUUAAUCGGGGUUUGAAGCUUUGGCAUGAAAUGAGUGCAAGAAACGUGGGUCCAAAUGUCUAUACUUAUUCUGUUCUUAUAAAUGGUUUGAGCAAGGAGAAUAGAAUGCAUGAGGCUCGCGAUCUUUUGAGGCAAUUGAAGUGCAGUGAUAUUGUACCAAAACCCUUUAUGUACAACCCUGUAAUUGAUCUAUUUUGCAAGGCUGGCAAUGUUGAUGAGGCAAAUGAGAUUGUGGCAGAGAUGGAGGAGAAGAAAUGCAAGCUAGAUAAAGUGACAUUUACGAUUCUCAUCAUUGGGCAUUGUAUGAAAGGAAGAAUGUUUGAAGCCAUCAGCAUUUUUAACAAGAUGUUAUCGAUUGGUUGUGCCCCGGAUACAAUUACUGUGAACUCUCUAAUAUCUUGCCUUUUGAAGGCCGGGAUGCCUAAUGAAGCUUUUCACAUUAAGCAAACUGUAUCCCAGGACCUGGACUUGUUUGUGCCAUCUUUGAAAAGAACUAUUCCUGUAGGAACAAAUAUGGAUAUUCCAAUGGCUGUUUAGUUGAAGGGCUACUAUAGAAGUGGACUUGGUUUUGUAGGCCUAACUGCUGGACAAUGCCAUUCAGCCACUUUUUUUUCAUUUAGUACAAAUCAGGAAUUCACCCAGCCUGUGGCUCAAAAGUUUGACAAGUUGUAAGUUCUUCGUUCAUGUCUAUCCCCUCGGUGGUUUUAAAAGGAGUUGGCUCAAGAUUGGCAGUGAUUGUCCUGAACUUAUUGGUAGAGGAAAGAACGACAAACUUUUUGGGGAUGUUUCCCUCGAUCUUCCCUCAACCCCCUCCUUUGUGGAUGCCUGAAACUUUCUGGGGAUAAAAUAUGUCAGGGAAUUGCAAUGAUACUUUCUUGUUGUGAUCCCAAAGGAUCAUGUUUGGUCAUCUGUAGUACAGAGAACAGCACUAGUUUAAAGAAACAUAAUUUUGUUGGUUAACUUGGGUUUAGGUAAUCAAAGGCGAAGAGUUGAGUGACAAUAUAUGUAUACCUCAAAUUAUGUUGUCAGUUGCAUACAUUACAUUGGGCAUCCUGUAUCCCAUUGCCGCUCAUGCGUUGAACUGCAUUAUGGAAGAUUAUAUUAAAGUCAGGACCUGGAAGAUUAUAUUAUGGUCAGGACCAAAAUGGGAUGCCGGUUGUCCCCAAGGCAUCAGACGAGGCCGGGGAUAUAUUGGAUGCUUACCAGAUGUAUGGAAUUCUGAAUGACAUUGAAUGCUUAACGUCUCAUCUCACUCACAAUUCCCAGCAUUUUAUAUAUCUAGAGCAGAGGUUGAAUUUGAGCUUUUAUUGUAGAAAAAAUAUCUGCCAGCAGUCCCGCCGAGCUCAACAGGGUGUUUGCUGGAUGUCAGAAGUGGCUAAGAUCUCUGGGUGUUUCAUGUUAAACGAGAUUCCCACAUGCAUGGAGCUAGAUUCACCAAACAAUUAAGCGGUUCAAUUUUGUUCGGUAGGGAUUUAUAUAGCACAUAGUUUUGGCUGGUAGGGUUUUUGUAGUAAUCAUUCAGGAUGACUUGCUACAAUCGAAUAGGUUGAGAACAAUACAGAUAUGUAGUGCAGUGUAAAAGAAGCACAAAUUGCACUGUUGAAGUGGGAAAAUUUUUGCUGGAGCUGUUAAUUUAGAUCUUCUUGAUGAUGUAGCUGACUGCAUCACAGCAGCUGAGAUCAGUAACGAUGGAUUUAAAGUUUAAACCUUGAAAUCCAUUACUAAUCUGUUUUGUCAAAAAAUGGAUAUACUGGAGUAAAAUGCUGUUGACAA